ACCAGGAGGACCAGGACCAGGAGCAGCCUUUGCCUUUUCGCUCAGCUUGUAAAUUUUGUCUGUCUGUUCGGAUUACGUCUCCGUACUUUCUCCUUAGUUUCGCCCACCAAAUUUCCCGUUUCAUUCCGUACACCCGUGUCCAGGCCCAGGCCCAUGCUGGUGCACCGCGAAGUGCCAAAAUGUGGCCAGAGAUUGGCCUCAAGUGCGUGGUGAAUUCCGCAGCCGCUCCAGGACCACCGCUGGCGACCCUCUUCGGUGCGAGGACGCAGGAUGUUCAGUCAGCACGCAGAGGAUGAGGCCGCCAUCGUCGGGCUGAUGAAGCUGCUCAAGGAGCCCGUCUCCCAGACCGUGCGCAGCGAGUCCAUGACCUGGCUGGUGCCCGGCAACAGUACUCCGAUCUGGAGUCGAAGACUGAGGCACAACCUCGAGGGCCGCCAGCGGCAUCAGAGCGGCACCCGCUGGCGGGACUAUGACGUGGAGAUCGAGGACCGCCUGUGGUCGAUAUGGGGCGGCCUGCAUCCGCGCGCCCCCUGGUUCGAUAGCAAGGUGCGGGGUCGCCAGUCGCUCGGCUGCUACGUUGUGGCCUGCUGUGUGGCCAGCAUCUUCCGGCGGCUCGGCGACUGGACCAGCAAGCUGCUCGACGCGAUUGUCGUCAACGGGGACAAGUACUAUCGGGCCAGUGUGGAGCACAGCCAGCGGUGGGACCAGAACCUCAGCCUGGACGAUAUGUGCGUACAGUGCGACUUCCAGGACAUCCACUUCAUGGUGCAGAUGGAGCUGGUGGCCUUCGGGCAUGUGUACAGCGCCCCGGCCAGCGCCUCCAUGAGUCUGCUGGAGGGCCUCAGCUACUUCUUCACGCGCUUCGAGUGGGGCAUCCUGGAGUGCCAGGAGCGGCGCUUCGCCUUCGGCUUUAGCUCCAGCCACGACGGCGGCUACUUUCUCUACGACUGCUCCGAGUGGGACAAGCCGAUCUUCCCGGACGACAUGGGCGCCUCGUAUGUGCUGCGUGCCAGGCAGCUGCUGGUGCUGCUCUACUGCAUGAUCGUCACCCUCAAUGUGCGGUGCAAGAAGGUCGGCUUCAGGCUCUACAACGUCGAUAUGGUGCGACUGCCCAGCAGACUUCCCAGCAACAGCAAAACCAGCAGCAGCAGCAGCAGUGGCAGUGGCAGUGGCAGUGGCACCCGAAAGGAUAACGAGGGGGAGCCAGCAGAGGGAGGCGUGGCAGAGCCACCGACUUGACGGUGCUGGUGGUGGGGCAGUGGGCCACAGGAGUUCUUGAAGGGCCCCGGCCACUCCAGCACACGAUCUGGACAAGCAGCCAACUGACUCGGAAAACCAGUUUCAGCUCCAGUUCCAGUUCCAUUUCAAAAUCAAAACAAAAGCUUUUCGUAUUCCUUUUUUGGACAGCGAGAAAUUCGAGAAAAUAAAACAGCAAAAUCCACGAAAUACAAAACAUAAUAAAAAGUAAAACCUGUUCCACUCCGCAACAAUAUG